AGGCCCUAUUUUAUUAUAUAUAUAUAUAUAUAUAUGUUUGGAGGAGUGAUGGCAGUGAGAGUGAGCUCAGUGAAACCUCUGAUUCCCUCAUGCCGUUGCGGCAAUUCUUUGUUCUCAAUUCAAAAGAAUCGUCGAUUCCAAGUCUCUGCAACUAAAAUGGCGAGUCCGGGACCCGAAAAGAUAUCUUCUUCUCCUCCCAAAAUCAUUGAUUCACAUUUGCAUGUAUGGGCUUCUCCUCAAGAGGCUGCAGAUAAAUACCCUUACUUUCCUGGCCAAGAACCUACUUUAGCUGGUCAUGUCGAUUUCUUACUCGAGUGUAUGGGAGAAGCAGGAGUGCAUGGUGCACUCAUUGUGCAGCCUAUUAAUCAUAAGUUUGAUCAUUCUUUUGUGACAAGUGUAUUGAAGAAGUAUCCAUCCAAAUUUGUUGGUUGUUGCCUUGCAAAUCCAGCAGAAGAUGGAAGUGGGGUUAAGCAGCUUGAAGAUCUUAUUUUGAAGGAUGGUUAUCGUGCUGUUCGCUUUAAUCCAUAUUUGUGGCCUUCUGGUCAACAGAUGACAAAUGAAAUUGGGAAGGCAAUGUUCUGCAAAGCCGGAGAGCUUGGAGUUCCAGUGGGUUUCAUGUGCAUGAAGGGUCUUAAUCUGCAUCUAUCAGAAAUUGAUAAACUAUGCACAGAAUUUCCUUCAACAGUUGUACUUCUUGAUCAUGUGGCUUUCUGCAAACCACCAACAAAUAAGGAGGAAAAUCAAGCGUUCUUAGAGCUUUUAAAGCUAUCCAGAUUCCCGCAGGUUUUUAUAAAAUUCAGUGCACUAUUCAGGGUGUCAAGAAAGCCAUUUCCAUAUGAAGAUUUAUCCCAUGUUCUUUUCGAACUAGUCUCCAGCUUUGGUGCCAACCGUAUCAUGUGGGGCAGUGAUUUCCCGUUUGUUGUCAAUGAGUGUGGUUAUAAAGAAGCCAAAGAAGCAGUGAGCGUCAUUGCCAAACAAGUGGCUUUGUCAUCUGCUGAUUUGGAUUGGAUAAUGGGUAAAACAAUUAGUCAACUCUUUCAUGAUCAGUGGAUUUCUUGAGCAAUUUGAUUGAUAGCAAGCUUUGCGCUAGUUGUUCUGUGGUGAAACAUUCUGACCGGAGAUGUGCUAGUGUACUCAAAUAUUAUGCAAACAUUUGGAUGAAAUCGUGUAUAUUAAAUGAAGAUUUAUUUAGUUUGAAUAAACAAUAUUUAGAUAGGGAAAUUUAUGUGGAGAUUUUAGAUUACAGAUA